CAAUGUGUACAGUGUACCGCUUCCGGUUUGUCGAGAAGAAAAAAGAAAAAGAUUGCAAAGAUAAAAUACCAUAUUCUGGAAAUAAUAUAGACUGUCAGCGGCAGUGAUGAAUCCCGCAGCAGUCGCAGUACCAGUUGAAGACACGCACGGUGAUGGACGAUGGAUGAGUUUGCACAACCGUUUCAAAACUGAGACCAAAGACAGAGAACCAGAUGUGCUGAUGAUUGGGGACUCCUUGAUCCAGCAGCUUGGAAAUACUGAGAUGUGGGAAAAGAUGUUUGUUCCCCUUCACUGUCUCAACUUUGGCAUUGGUGCUGACCAGACACAGCAUGUACUGUGGAGGCUGCAACACGGAGAAUUGGACAAUAUUAAUCCUAAAAUAAUAGUAUUACUGGUAGGAACAAACAACCAUGGCCACACAGCUGACCAGGUGACAGAAGGCAUCCUAGAAAUAGUCAAAUGUAUUAGAGACAAGCAACCACAAGCUCAAUUAAUAGUUAUGGGUAUACCACCAAGGGGCCAGCACCAUAAUCCCCUGCGAGAGAAAAUUGCCACUAUAAACACAGCUCUUGCAGAGAAACUUUCCAGUCUGGUGAACACCCAGUUUCUCAAUGUGGACCCUGGGAUUUUCCUUAACCCUGCUGAUGGGUCUAUAUCAAGACAGGACAUGUACGAUUAUCUUCAUUUUACACAAAAAGGGUAUCGAAAACUUUGUGAACCUUUGCUGGAAGAGCUUCAGAAUUUGUUGAAAAAUUUUGUCAAGGUGGAAAGCGACAUGGGGGAAGUGGAAGGUGCUGCUGCAGAAUAAACCAGGAAGAGUUUGUCAGGAACUAAGAUGUUCUGCUUUUUUUUUCAGUGCGUUGUAUGAGGUUAAGUCACUGUAAUACAGCAAAACAGUUGCUGGUUAGUAAAAAUAAAUGUUGAUGGUGAAAAAGUAAUCCAUUUGAAAGUUAAUGUACAGCUUUCAGUGUAUGUACAACCCCUGAACUUUGCCAUCACUUACUCAGACUUGGAACCAUGGACAAUUAUGCAACUCCAAGACACAAAAAAUGCAUUCUAGGCUUUGUAGUUUUGUUUUUCCCAGAUGUACAAAAUCCAUUUUUUUAUUUAUUUAUGGUGUAUGUACAUAUUUAUUAUGAAAUGGGUAUCAAAGCAUAAGGUCCACUUGCACCCCUCCGUAAAAUAAUACAUUAACAAUCAAAUAUUCAGGUGUGUUUUAGUUAAUUCAGGUGCUUAAGUCUGAUAAAGUAGGUGUGAAUUGUAGUUUAAGUUAAUAGAUAUUUACUAGGAAACAUUUGUUAAGCAAAUAAACAAUCAUUCUUUGAAGUUAUUUAUCACAAUCUGUGUAUUUCGUAAUCUGGUGAAAUCAGCCACAAGACUGAAUGUUUAAUUUUAUUUUAAUUUUAUUUUUAUAUUAAUUAAUUUGGGUCCAAGAGUGUGGGCACACGUAGAUAAAAUUGGCAGUAAAUGGGCGGACUAUUGUUGCCAGACAUGUUUGAAUGAGAUGUGACAUAGGCAAGAGUAGUUUUCUAAUCAGGUGAUGUUAUUUAGUAAGCUUCCAUUUAAGUUUGUAGUGAUGUGAACUUUUUUCCCUUUUGUGUCGUGGGUCCCCAUUGUGAUAACAUUUGCUGUGAAAAUAAUUAUGAGGAACUUAAGAGUGUGUUACUCAACAUGAGAAUGUUACUGGUUAUACACUUGUACGGUGUCAUAAAAUGUAGAUAGUGUUGAUUGUGAUACUGUCAAUGCUAAUUGGUAACAGUUAACUCGAUUUAAUAAUGUACAAAUCAUGUUCAUUAAAAAGAUGCAGAUAAUGAUGCUGAAAACUGCUAUCCUUUUAUGUAACUGACAAGAUGUUAAACAUUUUUCUACAUCAAAAAGUACUGAACAUGGAGUUUGGAACAUUGUACUGUAAGUUGUCUGCAUAUAAUGCUACUAAUAUUGGUUCCUUUCAGGUAAAUAAGUUUAUUAGUAGGUUCAUGCAUGCGCACACACACACACACACACACACACACACACACACUCUUGGAUGCUUAUUUCGAAAGUGGCAUCUGGGUCACUGAGCCAUUCUCUUCUCUUUCUCGUGAUGAUGCUGUUAGAUCUCGUUGGUGCAUAGUUUGUGCCACAGUGAUUUUAUUGGUAUUGUUCAAGGACAUACAGUGUACUAGUAAAAGCUGUUGACAUUUUCUUUGUGCAUAUUAUGUUCCCCUGCAUGGUAAUUACUCUUUGAUUUGAAAUUUAGAAUCAACCAAGACAUUGUGUGAAGUUAAGAAUAUCUGCUGUACAUUUUAUUUGAUUGUGAUGUUGUUAUGAUCAUACAAGCAACUUCAUUUCAAGUGGAAGGUUAUAUUAGAAAUGUAUGCAAUGAAAAGAGUUUUGCAAAUUACAGUACAAGGCAUUUUUAUGCCCCAAGGGAUUCUAUAUAACUUUUUUUUUCUCUACUAGAACUCCAUGAAUCAUUUUGGUGAUUUAUCCCUAUUGCUUCAAAGUAUACUUUCAAACAUAUGUAGAACUUUUGUCCAAUGUCCAGUAUAAAUUGUGCUUGAUAUGGAGAGUAGUACAUAUAACAUGAUUGGGGUAUGAUCAAUGUAUAUAACUGUUCAUUGUAGUAUUUAUUACAUCCCUUUUUACAUUGUCAAAUUUUCAUUUGAUCAUAAGGGUUUUUUAUUAACCACCCCAAGCUGCUCAUUUAUUACACAUACAAUUUAGUAGUUAUUUUGCUCAGUAGUACAAGUAAACGUGUAAUAUCCAAUUGUAGUAUAUCUUAUCUCAAGGAAUUAACGUUUACUAGCCUUACCAUAUUAGAUUAUGUUUUCUAGUCACAAGUGUGUAGGAUAAAGCUUACUUUCAAUAGAAAUAAGACUUGUUUCAGGUACAAGUCGAAUAACAAUGCAGUAAAUUGCAGUGAGUUUCGCUGACUGUUGCUUAAUAUAUAUAUAUAUAUAUAUAUAUAUAUAUAUAUAUAUAU